GCUCUCUUUCCAACGCGUGUCAUGAGGAUUCUCGACCGCCUCGCAAACCUUCUCGCUUAUAUCUUCAAAAACCCUCCCCUCUCCCUCUUGGCUUCUGCUGCUGCUCGAAUCAGCUCCGUCAAGGCUAUGGGAUCAGAAUGGAAGAUCCAGAGCUAGAGUGGGAAAUUGAAGAACAUGAAUCGGAAGAAAACAGUGGCAAGAGGUGUUGGGGCAUUGUGGACAACGGACUUAGUCUGGGAAAGAAGAUUUUGGUCACAGGUGUGUUACUAUCCUCUGCGCCUUUAGUUCUUCCUCCACUUCUUGUUAUUUCCACAAUUGGGUUUGUCUUCUCUGUUCCAUCUGGGCUCCUCUUGGCAAACUAUGUUUGCGCUGAGAAGCUCCUGGGUAAGUUGCUUCCAAGGACCACUCCACCUCCAUUAUUGUUGGGAUUUGGAAUAUGGUCCAAUAAUGAGGAUGUUGAUGGUGCUAACGUUGAACAAGAUAUUGAUUAUGAAGAAGAAGAAGAAGAGCUACUUACAGAUAUAAAAGGAGAUGUUGAGGGCAAGUUUGAAAUAAAUGAGAAAGAAAACGGGAAAGUUGAUUAUACAAAAGGACUUGUUGGGCCAUAUGAAAAAGAACUAUCAGAAAGUGCAGAUGAAAUUGUGGAGGAAAAUGGGUAUGGGAGAGAUGUUGUUAAGUGCUUAGAUGAACAAGAUAAACCAUUGGAAGAGAUAGAAGUAACAAUUAGAAGGAGGGGAGAAGGGCUACGGGAUGAACUGGUGGCAGAACAAGUCAAGGAUGAGCAGCCUGUGAAUGUGCUAUUUGGGGUAGAGGUGGUAAUUAAGGGAGAUGAGAGAAGUGAAAGCAAUGUUGUAGAAGAGGAGACACCGUUUGAAGUGAUAAAGGUGGCUGUAGAUUCAUGUCUUGGUGGUGACAUUGAAGAAGUCAAGGAAUUAGUGAGAGAGACAGGGGCGUUAUUAGAAAAACUGCGAGAUGAAGGUGAUACUGUGGAUGUGGAAUCGAUUGAUGUUGCUAACAUUGUGGAAGAAGAGCAGAGACCUUGGGUAGAAAAGUGGACUGUGUUGCGGGCAGAAAAGGCCGAUGAGAGUACUGCAAACAAUGAUAUCCUUGUGAAAGAUAAAAAAAAGAACUUGCAAUCCUCAAAGGAAGAAGUAAGGGAAAUUACUGAUGAAAGUGAGUUUGGCUUGCUUCAUGAUAAAAAUGCAGCUGCACAGCCAUCCAAAAAAGAGGCUUACAAUAGCACUGAAGGCCGUGUAGCUACUGAUUCUGCAGAGCUUCCUUAUGCUGAAAGGGAAGUUGAGACCAACCAUGGGGGGAAAUCUUCAAAAAAGAACAUCAGCAUGGGUUCCAAGGUACCUUACAGUGAGGAGGAGAUAUGGAAACAAAUCUAUGCCCUGCGCAGCAUAGUAGGCUAUCAAGUUUUGCCACAAGCAACAUACAAUGAGGAAAUUAAGGCUCUUUAUGUGUUCACUGGAGUUGAGCCACCUGCCUCGCUUGAAGAGCAUAGUGAUCUCAAGGGAGUAAAUGACAAGCUUCAGUUUCUGAAGUCCAUUGUUGGAGUUAAAUAAUGUGGUGGUCUAGUUUCUUGCAAUGUUUAGCAGAACUUUUUGUUUUUUUUUCCUUUCUUUCCUAGGAUGCUUAUAAUAUUUUGUUUGUGGCAAUGCCAGAGUCAUAGGUGAUGGAACAGCAAGUUUACAUAGUUACAGAGAGUGGUUAUUCGUGGUGUAGAUGGAUUUCUCA